AUGCCGUGCAGCCUCCUACCAGCGUACCAAGUCUACCCGGUGUUUCUUAUUCUCCAUGACGUUAAGUUCAGGGCUGUGGCUAGACCUAAGCGUGCAACUGGCGCAAAGCCAGAUGGCCGCGUUCUCAUCUCCGUGUACUUGGCGGAGUCUUCUCAUGAGAGAGACUUAUGGAUUAAGUGGGAGCCAUGGGAGGGCCAGACAAGGCUUGGGGCUCAGGGAAUUAUAGGGAAGAAGCAUGUCGGUCCAGGUCGGGUGUAUCGGUUCGACUACGAAGAGACAGAGGAGAACAAUUCAGUAUUGCAGGUGGGACGGAACAUCACCAAAAUGAAACUCCUCGUCCGGGAAUUCCUGGCUCGACAGAACUCAUCUCAGCCGUUCUUUCUAUACGUGGCCUUCCACGACCCUCAUCGCUGUGGUCAUUCUCAUCCGGAGUACGGUCCCUUCUGCGAGAGAUUCGGGGAUGGGAGUCCUGGCAUGGGACGAAUUCCUGAUUGGGAUCCCCACGUCUUUCCCGCGUCCCAGAUCCCCGUCCCAGAAUUCCUUCCUGAUACCCCCAGGGCUAGAGAGGAUCUGGCAGCCUAUUUCACCAUCAUCGAUCGACUGGACCAAGGGAUAGGAUUGAUUCUAAAAGAGCUCAAGGAUUUCGGGUUCCAUGAAAACACCUUGGUCAUCUACUCCUCGGACAACGGACCCCCUUUUCCCGAUGGAAGAACCAAUCUCUACGAACCCGGAGUGCAGAUACCCCUUGUGAUCAGGUCGCCGUACUUGCCUCGACAAAGACCCAAAUCCCCUGCUUUUGUUUCACUGCUGGACGUAAUGCCGACGAUCUUGGACUGGUUCGAGAUUCCCCUUCCAAAAUAUCGCAUAUUUGGGGGCAAACACGAUCCAAUUGUCACUCUCUCCGGCAGAUCUCUUCUUCCUCUCCUUGAUCCUCAGCAGCAACCGAAUGAUGGAAGCCUCCGCCCGAUCGUUGAAUUCUUUGUGUGCACCCAUCGCCUUGGAUCAUUCGAUAAGCAGCUCCGGACACGAAUCAGAAUCGUCAGUGGAGUAGAGCAGGGCAAUCGUUAUAGUUUUGGAGGAAGAGGGUCCUGA